AUGAUAUCAAAAUUAAGGAAUAUCAAUAAUGGUGAUAUUCCAGCGGUAAUUUCAACUCAAUUGGAACAUUUAUGCGGUCUGAAUAUAUUCCAAAAACAAAUAUUACAUCGAAAGACUUCCAUCAUUUGCACGAUUGGUCCAGCAUGUGAUACAAUGGAAAAAUUACAAGAAAUGAUUGGUAAAGGAAUGAAUAUUGCUCGUCUUAAUUUCAGUCAUGGCAGUCAUGAGUUUCAUGCGCAAACGAUUCGAAAUAUUAGAGAAGCAUUAAAAAGCAAAGGUAAUAUGAUGGAUGUUGCAAUCGCUUUAGAUACAAAAGGGCCAGAAAUUAGAACCGGAAUUAUCGAAACG